AUGGACACUAUGGAAGAAGUAAAUACUAGCACAAAUGAUGACCAAUUUACUCUUAACAAUGUUAUUUUUGCUGGUCGUGGACAUAAAAAAUGUGUUGUCUGUCGAAAAGAUAUUCGAGGUGGAACAAUGGUAAUGCCAAAAGCGGCUCGACUUGAUUUACUUAUUAUUCAUUCGAUGUACGCGCCACAGGGAGUUCGCUGUUGUUCAUCUCAUCUCUUUAAUGACAAACAUUUAAUACCUGAAGAUAAAAUAAUUAUGGAAGAUCGUCAACUUCUUGCAUCGUGCCUUUCAUUAUAA